ACCGAACAUUCCAGAGGCGGAAUGCUGUUGAUAUCUUGAAAACGGCGGCGUUAGUGGACACACACCCGCAGAAGAAGACGAGGAAUGCGGAUCGAAUCCACUAAACUCGUUCACGCGUCGGCAUUUCGAGCCUUUUCAGCCGAAUCGAUCACAACAAAUCAGAACGACGACUGUCCGAUGGUGACGUCGGCGUCACGUGACGAGCCGAGCGGAAACGAAACGAAGCGAAAAGCCCACGAAGGCAGCGAGAGGAGGCGGACUGGGGAGCCAGCGCGGACGGUAAGACCCCCAAACAGCCCUCCAGCCCCGAGCCAGCCGCACCCCGCUGCAGCUGUAGGAGAGUUAAUCCCGGCCGGGCUGCCGUUAACGCUGCGUGAUCUCCACAGAGGUGGGAGUACGUGAUGGCGAGGUUUGGUGAAAGCAGGUGAUGUGAAGAGGGAACGCUGCUCGAGUCGGCAGGACUCACUGCGAGGCCAUUUUCCACUAUUUCCCAUCAUCAACACUCCAUAUAAGCUCAGAAGACUCGUGUAGGUUCUCUGGCGGUUCUGGAUGCCUCCCUCUCUCCGCCGCUCCGCCGCUCUCCGAGUCAUGAAGCUGAACGAGCGCAGCGUGGCGCACUACGCCACCUGUAACUCUCCGCCGGAUAAGACGGGAUUCCUGUGGAAGAAGGGCGAGCGGAACCCGACGUAUCACCGCCGCUGGUGUGUGCUGAAGGGGAACAUGCUGUUCUACUUCGAGGAGCGCGACAGCCGCGAGCCGGUGGGCGUGAUCGUCCUGGAGGGCUGCACCGUGGAGCUCUGCGACUCCGAAUCCGAGGAGUUCGCCUUCGCCAUCCGCUUCGACUGCGCACGAGCGCGCAUCUACAAGCUGGCCGCCGAGAACCAGGUCGCCAUGGAGUCGUGGGUGAAGGCGCUGUCCCGCGCCACCUUCGACUACAUGAGGCUGCUGGUGCGCGAGCUGGAGAGGCAGCUGGAGGAGGCCCAGCAGGUGGCGCUGUCACAGCAGGCCAAGAACAAGCCCAAGAAGUCACAGGUGCAGGGAGGAAACGGAGGACGCUCCAAACCCACCAGCCUGCAGGGACCCCUGACGCAACCCACAGGGUCUCCUGAAGAGGGGCUGCUGUCGCUCAUUCCCGGGAAGGAAAAUGGAGUGUCCUGGAAUAAACCGGCUGGUCUGUCUAACGGAGUGGGCGAGGGGUCCGGAGUUGUCUGGGAAGCGGAAGGCAGAGGGGAUUCGGUCAGACCCCCACCCAUCCCUCCACGCAGGAAAACCCCCGGGGGGUCUCUGGAGGACCCCGUGUCCCCCGGGACGGGCUGCUUCUCCAAACUGCACGACUGGUACGGAAAAGAAGUGGCUGAGCUCAGAGUGGAGUGGCUGCAGGGUCAGUGAGACGGACGGGCUGAGCACAGCAUGAGAAGAGAGAGAGAGAACAAGGAGGACGAGGACGGCGUUAUUGGGCCGCUUUUAGAAGGACGUUUGGUAUCCGUCGAGUUGAUCACCCACUAUUUAUAUUCAUUAGCGUCUUUGAUAAGAUGCUUAAAGAGGAUUUCACUGAAGUCUUAAAACGUCUGCGUAAUUAACGGUCUAAGACGUGAACAGAGUCAUUCAGAGUGGUUUAGUGUGAAACGCUCCCUUCUAGAGAAUUGAUAGGAACCAGACAUCUCGGAGCCUCUAAGAGCUCCCUUACUUAAAGCUCCCUCAGUGAAAGUUAUUACAUGAAAUGAUUAUGAAUACGCUGUUGUUUUAUAAUAGCCUUAAAAUCUGCUUAGCAGAGAGGUACAUGCAGCGUGUUGUGAAGCAAAGAAAACUAUUUCAGAUUUUCCAGGUUUUCCAAGCGACAACAUUCCAUAUAAACUCAGAAGACUCGUGUCGGUUCCCUGGUGGUCUUGGAUAGUAAAUAAAAUGUCUGUAUUUGUUUUGUAGU